AUGACGUCCAUUGAUCAGCCACUGAACAGCAAAAUACUGCUUAUUACAGGAGGCGCAUCGGGAAUCGGUCUCUGUGUGACGAAGCAAGCGCAUGAUCUCGGCGCGCGCGUUCUUGUUGCGGAUCUCAGAACAACACCCGACUUCGAUACCUUUGCCGCGAACAAGUCAAACAUACUCUAUGUGCAGUCUGACGUGACGCGAUGGGCAGACUUCGACAAGAUCUUUAACGCAUGCGAAAAAGAAUGGAACGACGUUCCUGAUGGGUACGCCAUCUGCGCGGGACUGUUCGAUCCGCAGUUCUCCAACUUCUGGCAAGACCCAGAAGAGGAAGGGUACAAGCAGGUCGAGGUCAAUGUGAAUCACCCUAUCAAGUUGACAAGGCUCGCUAUCAGAAAAAGCUUAGGGAAGGGGAAGAGGGCCAGUGUUUGUAUCAUUGCAUCAGUUGCCGGCUUAUCAGGCAACAUGGCAGCACCACUCUAUUGUGCAACAAAACACGCUGUGGUCGGAUUUGUCAAGUCUAUGGGAGCGACAGAAGUGCUCACUGGUGUGAAGAUUACGACACUUUGUCCUGGCGCCGUCUAUACGCCGAUGAUGGAUGAGGCAAAGCGCAAACAAUAUUCCGUGACUACCGACACGGCAUUGACGCCAGAUGCAUGUGCGAGUUCUCUGCUAGACCUACUACAGAAGAAGGAGUAUCCGUGUGGAAGUGUACUUGAAAUCACUCAGGUAGGGACGCGACUUAUACCGGAGUGGGGUGUGGAGCCGCCGGCUGGUAAGGGUUCGGGGCAGGACCUAGAUGAGAAUUUCAUGACGAACAUGCUGCAGCCUAUCAAAGAAAGGUUAGAUGCGGAGAAGGCAAAGGCUUGA